AUGCUCAAUGCCUUUGAAACGCCGGUUCGUGUGCGGGCUGGCAGAGAUGGACCGCUUCCUCGAAGAAGGGAUGUGCGGCAGAACCCACGCCUUGAUGCAGCAGCAGCACGGGGUGCAGCACUCACCCUGGCGGUAGCAUGGCAGUCAGGGAGGCUGGGCAAGAUCUGCCGAGCCAAGGGUUUCUCAAGACGACGAUGGAGCACGGCCGCCCAAGAAAUGCGUCAGGAGCCCAUCAGCGCUCUUGCCGGCAAGGCGGGCAAAAAGUCUGUGAUCGUCACGGACCUGAUUGCACAGUCGUUCAUAAAGAUCUUCAACAACGCGUUCCUCAACACCAUCGAGAGGGUCCGAGAGCCUCACCUGCUGAACGUUGUGGCCAAUCUGCGGAAUUUCGCAGCACGGGUUCCUUUAAAAUAUCGCGGCAGCAUCGAGAAGGCUCUGAAGACUGAAGGCUUCCUGUCCUUCCUGCUCUCUCGAGCCGCCGUAAGCCUGCUUUGUGCAAAGGCAACCCUGCCUCCACAGUCGUCGGAGUCAGCGAUUUCCAAGGAGCAUGAGGAGCUGGCAACCGUCGUCGAGGAGCUUUACAUCGCAGCCAUGCUCCACGCGGAGGACCAGUGGGACCUGGAACUGAAAGCCGACGGGAAGACUUUCAUGGCCGUGGCCACCUCCUUCGUGAAGCACCUGGCGGAUCCGGCGCCCUUGAAGACGCCCAACAUCCAGGCUGCCCUCCUUGGCCUCGAUGCGAACCCUCUCAUUUGGACGCGGUAUGGCCUGGACUUGCUGGGUAUCUCCUUGGACCUGUCCUUGAGUCGUUCCGAGGGCGUGGCCGCCUCCCAGGCUGCGGACCGGCGCAAGGUUUCUCUCCUCGGAGGGGACUCCCUCUACGCCACGGCCCAGUGGGCCAUGGCCAAGCUGCACUCCCGGCCGUGCAGAAAACUCAUCGCGAAGACCAUCGCCGCGUACAGCGAUGGCCAGCUCCGAAAACGGGAGCUGCUGUGGAACCUGGACCUGACUGUGAAGCAGUACCUUGAGAUCGAGCAGGUGGCCGGCGUGGCGGCGUUUUUCGGAGCCUCCACCGCGUGCGCGGCCUUCGUGAACAACGUCAGCAACGAGAUCGCCCAGCAGAUGGCCGAGUUUGGCUCCGACAUCGGCUUGGUGGUGGGGCUGCUCAAGGAUGUCCGCACGGUGGGGAUGCGUAGUGCUUUAAAGCUCGGACGCAUCUCCGCGCCCAUCAUCUUCGCCAUGCAGCAGGACCCCCGGCUGAGGGAGCUUCUGUCCGGCCGCCUCAGCGAGGGCGCCUCGGACUUCGAGGAAGCGCUGCGCCGGGUCAAGGAGGGGGGAAUGAUGCCGACGAUCCGCCUGGUGAACAAGCUGGGCUCCCGAGCAGCCGCUCGCCUGGAGUGCCUCGAGGAGAGCGAGGAGAAGGAGGCCUUGCUGACGCUGGUGCAAGGCGUUUCCUGCCUGCCCCUGAUGGAGCAAGCCGGUGACGAGGCCGUGGAUGACCUCAUAGGGCCCACGGAGGCCACGGACGCCGAGAGCCGGAUCUUCGACAUGAAGGUGGCCAAUCUGCGCCUCCGAGCGGAGCUCCAGCGGAUUCGGAGCUGCGAGAAGCGCUCCCGUGACAGGCUGGACUCCAUCCAGCAGGUCGCCCGAGGCGUCGAGCUUCGGGCGCCCUCGCGGCCUGCGCCGAAGGGACUGGGCCUGGAGUUUGACUCCCAGGAGAUCGAGUGGCUGCUGAUGCGGGGCUUGGAGCGGCGAGCUCCGCUGCCGGAUCAGCUCGACCUGGAGUCGCUCCUCUCUUGCAUCGCCGAGGGACAGGAGGAGGUGCAGUGCCGGCUCUUGGGCCUCAGCGAGGCGGCGCAGAGUCAGAAGCUGAAGUACGCGGUCCAGGAGGUCUUCAGCAGUGGUGGCAAGCGGCUUCGGCCAGCUCUUUGCUUGCUGGUCCACUCCAUGCUGGACGACUCCUCCACCUCCCUGCGCAGGACAGCAUCGCGGACUCCGCAGAUGGCAGCAGACCCCGCUCAAGGUGCUGCCUACGACAAGGUCCUGGUACUGGCCACGGCGAUCGAGAUCAUCCACACUGCUUCCCUGGUUCACGAUGACAUUCUCGAUGACGCUGACACAAGGAGGCAGCAGCAGACGAUGCAUAGGAUUUUCGGCCCAGAUGUCGCAGUGCUGAGUGGUGACUUCCUCUUUGCCCACGCCUCGGGUCUCAUUGAGUCCCUGGAGGACGACGAGGUAACUCGACUGGUCUCCUUGGUGAUCGAGGAGUUCGGCUACGGGGAGAUGUCGCAAAGCGCGAAGCGCUUCGACACCCAAGUCAGCCUCUUCAACUACUUGAAGAAGAGCUUCUACAAAACGGCGUCGCUCCUGGCCGCCGCAUGCCGGGCGAGUGCGGUGCUCACUGGCCCGCCCGGCGAGGUGUGUGAUGUCUUGUACAGCUACGGCUUCUACCUCGGUCUGGCCUUCCAAAUCGCCGAUGACGUGCUGGAUUUCGUGGGCUCCGGGGAAGAGCUGGGCAAGCCAACCGGCCAGGACUUGAGGGAAGGAAACCUCACAGCACCGGUGAUCCUCUGCCUCCACGGCAACGAGGACCUCGGCAUGACCCCGGCUCCAGGGAGCAAGGAGCUUGCCAGGAUCAUACAAAGGCGCUUCAGCCAGGAAGGUGACCUGGAGAGGGCGCUGCAGCUCAUUGAGGAGGGAGACGGUGUUCAAAGAGCCUACGCCCUCGCAGAGAAAAUGGCCAACAAGGCCUUGGAGGCCUUGUCGCUUGUAGCUCCCGCUGACACAGAUGCCCGCCGCGCCCUCGCAGGGUUGACCAGGUGGGCGGUGAAGCGGUCCAGCUGA